UCUGAAUCCAAUUUUCUUGUUUGUUAUCUUCACUACUCCUCCUCCUCCUUGCUCGACUUGUCGCGCCGUUCUCUAUCGUCGUUACCUUUACAGAUUCUCUGGUUAAAAGUUUGGUGUGUUUGACAAUGAAGGGAGCUAAUAAGUUUGAACCGAGCUCGAGUAAGAUUGUUUUUGACGACAGUGAAGAUGAUGACGAAGAGCAGUCGUUAUCCUCUCUGUCUUCUUCAGAUGAGGAGGAAGAAGAAGAGAAAGAGAAAGAGUUAACAUUGGAGGAAAUACACAGACUGCGUGCUGAUGGAUCUCGUCCUCGUCCUGCUGCUCCCUUGAACUCAUCGUUUUCUCAAGUGAAGAAGAACACUGGUCGUGCAGACAAUAACAUAACCUUCUCUGAAGCGAAGAAGCCUGCUCGUGCAAACAAGAACAGACCAAUGGAGUUGAGUUCUAGAAGACCAGUGAGUCGUUAUAGAGAGGUUAUUCAAGCUCCAAAGAAGGUGGUUCGCGAUCCUCGUUUUGAUUCAUUGGCUGGAAACGUUGAUACUGAGGGGUUCAGGAAGCGAUACAGUUUCUUUUUCGAGGAGAAACUUCCUGUAGAAAGAGAGGAACUGAAAAAGAAGCUAAAGAAAACAAAGAAUCCAGAAGAGGUCGACGAACUCAAGGACCAGUUAACUUACGUUGAGAAGUUGUUGAAGUAUGAUCCGUCAACAAAUAGCAAAGGAAAAUCAAUACUAACAGAGCACAAAAAGAGAGAAAGAGAAGCUGCAAAGAUGGGCAAAAAGCCUUACUAUCUCAAACAAUCUGAGAUCCGAAAGCAAGAACUCAUCGAAAAGUACAACAGUCUCAAGGAGUCUGGGAAGCUUUCAUCGUUUCUUGACAAACGGAGGAAGAAGAAUGCAACAAAGGAUCAUAGGUACAUGCCCUAUCGUCGAGCUGAUACCUCAGAGCAGUAGAGACAGACAAUAUUGGUUUCGGGCUGAAUGUUUACAUUGGUUCAUUACGGGCUUUGUUGCAGUCUUUGUAGCUUUACUUGUUUUUUUGUUUGCUUGAAUUGAAAGAAGAAAUCUAAUACAAAAGCUGCUUAGACUUUUCAUGUGGAGAACCACAUAGGUGAAUCAAUAUUUGGACCAAGCCAGUAUUUUAUCUAUCUUUGCUAAUAUUUUCACGUUUC